AUGGCAUCUAACAGGAAGCUGCUGAAGCGUGUGUUCAUGUCGCCCCUGCUCGCGCUGCUCUUCCUAUCCGGCGUUUUCGAGGUUGCAGGCGCGAGCAACGACACCUCGUCUGACGGCGCGAGCUACUUGCGCAGCUCUGGUGCCAGCGAACCCGCCGCCGCUACCAGGGGCAGGUCGCUGGCGUCACCACCGUCGCAGAGCGUGUUCAGUCUCGACCAUUACGGCACGAUGACACGCAGGCUCUGGAAAAGGCAUGGAAAGCGGCGUGCGCCUCCCCGAGGGCAGGCACUACCUGUUGAAGCUCGUCACCCUCCAUGGCCCGUGCAAGUCCAGUGUCACGGUUCACGAUUCAGUGCAACUAUAUGGCACAACCAAUGGAGCACGCAUCAAGACAUACCAGGAAGUGGAUAUGCCAAGGACAUCACAUUCCAAAACAUGAUCAUGUACGAUGUCAAGAACCCGAUAAUCAUUGACCAGAACUACUGCGACAAGGCUAAGUCAUGCGGGGAACAAAGAUCGGCAGUGCAGGUCAGCAAUGUUGUCUUCAAGAACAUUAGAGGGACAACCAUUACCAAGGAUGCCAUCAAGAUGAAUUGCAGCAAGAACGUCCCAUGCCAAGGCAUUACCUUGCAGAACAUCGACCUGAAAAUGCAGGGUGGCAAGGGCAACACAGAAAGCACCUGCCAGAAUGCAAAAUGGAGAAAAUCUGGGAUCGUUCACCCGCAGCCUUGCAGUGCCACAAAAUAG